AUGAAGUUUGGUCGGAAUCUUCCCCGAAACCAAGUCCCGGAAUGGGCGUCAUCCUACAUAAACUACAAGGCCCUGAAGAAGCUCAUCAAGGCUGCUGCGGCGGCGGGAGGAGAGAAGCAAGAUGGAGAUAUUCCCGAUCUGGCUGGAUUCUUCUAUACCUUGGACCGGAAUCUCGAGGACGUGGACUACUUCUACAAUAAAAAGUUCCAGGACUUUUCACGACGUCUGAAACUUCUUGAAGAUAGAUAUGGAAUCUCGCCUCAGGCUGCAACCCAGCUCGACGCAGAUGAACGUGAAGACCUCCUUGCGGCGCUUCUGGAACUCCGGGGCGACCUGAGAAAGCUACAAUGGUAUGGAGAAGUCAACAGGAGGGGCUUUAUCAAAAUCACAAAGAAGUUGGACAAAAGAAUACCCGCGGCCCAUGCGCAAAAGAAAUACCUCGAGCUGAAGGUGGAUCCGUCGGCCUUUGCGACAAAUACCCAGCUCUUUACAUCGUUGAACAAAAUCAAUGACUGGAUCUCCGUCUUGAGUGAGGUGGCAGCCGCCACUCCAAACACCGCCGACGACGUUGCUUCUAUCUCCUCAGGGUCAUUGAAACGGACAACAUCUCGGCCUUCUUUAAACAUAUCUGUGGAGCAGUUGGCCAAAAUCGAGAUCAAGAUCCGUCAAGACGAUGCGCAAAGCCUAAAAGAAUGGAUCAUGGGUAUAACGAAACCGGGAGCCGAAAACACAGACGCGGCGGUGCAAUCACUACUGAAUAAUCUCCUUCAGAGGGCAAUCUCUUCUCGGAGUCGGGCUUGUGCGGCGUGCCUGCUGCGCGAACUUGUCUUUCUGGAUGCUCAAGACGAUAUUAAUCGCCGCAAUUGCAUCCAUCGUCUUAUAGUCUCGGUAGGCCGCAAGCAGUCGCACGCAAGCCAGGAGCCCGCGACCGAUCCCCAAGCCGAUGCUGAAGCCGACCUCCACAACUUUAUCACUCCCGCGACGCAUCCGUCCCUUGCCUUGAAGCGCUCGAUUUUACAGGAAGAUCAGCGGGUGCAAAAUGUGACGCGUGAAGACGAGGCUGUUGUGUUCCUCCAAUUCCUGCUUGAUCACCUCAAAGCAUCACAACGGCCAGCUCUAUUAGCGAGAGAUAGCGCCGGGAGAACGCCUAUACAUUUUGCGGCAGAGUAUGGCAUUAGGGUCAUGUGUGAGAUCAUCAUUGAGCAUCUCAAGGCGUGGAAAUUGUUCGACGUCACGGAAGGCAUUGACGGUCCCAAAUGGCAGGACGAUGACGGAUGGGCACCCUUGCAUCUCAGCGCUAUUGGCGGUCAUCCACUGACAACCAAAGCUUUACUCGAUGCCGAGAAGAGCAUGACCCCCUCUAUCAAGCGAAGAUCAGCCAAGUCAUCAGUUGUUCUGGCUUUGGCUACCAAAGCAAAUUUCAUCGAAAUCGUCCGACUUCUUAUACAAGCAGGCGUCGACAUCAAUUACCAGGAUGAGCAAGGCGAUACGGCGCUCCACGUGGCUGCUAGAUUCGGCCAUGUAGAAUGCGCCAGGCUGCUACUCGAGGGCACCGAUGAGCAAAAAGCCAACAUCGAACUGGCUGAGAAGACUUACGGAUGGACGCCAUUAUUCAUUGCUUGUGUCGACGGCCAUCCUCCAGUUGUGGAGCUGCUCAUUGAUCAUGGAGCUGAUCUAGAGCGCUUGGAUUCGUCAGGCUGGAAUGCAAAAGAGCAUGCGGCUUUGAGAGGGCAUGUCGACAUAGCACAGAGGCUCGACCGCGUCAUGCAUGAAGCGGACACCGAAGCGGACGUCUCCCUCGCUUCGACGUCUCCUCCACUGUUGUCAUCGCUGAAUGAACGGAACUCCAAUGGUCUGGGAUCAAAUGGGCAAACAAUCAAGACAACUGAGGCUGUCAAGACCUUUGGUCAUCGAUAUUUGACCGACAAGAGCAUGAUCUUGGUCAGCCUUGGGACUAUGGACACUCGCAAAAGUAUCCGUGCGGUUAACCUUGACCGAAUCCCCCUGUCAAGUGCUCACUCUACACAGCUCGACACAGCUCUUUCCAUUGUCGUCUCGGCCAAAGCCGCUGAGGGUGAACCCGAAGUCAUUGACCUCCCAGUCCAAGACAACAUUUCGACAGAACCAAUUGUCUUCCACGCAGCCGACCCAUCCAAGGUCAAGUUGUACUUUGAUCUGAUCCCGACUUAUGCUGGUUCUCAAGACCGCGUGGUCGGACGUGGUGUUGCCUUGCUUUCAAGCAUCAAGUCGAGUGUUGGAACCAAAAAGAUGUCACUACAAGGCGAUGUAACGGUUCCGAUUGUUGCGGCAAGCGAUCUGGAGGUUAUUGGCUCUGUUACAUUCAACUUUCUCGUCAUCACACCCUUCAAACACCCUAAUAUGUCAGUAACAGAAAAUCAAACGUACUGGAGGAGUAUGGCAUCGACCAUGGUCAUAGGCCAUCGUGGACUGGGCAAGAAUUUUGCCGCCGGCAGAAGAUCUCUUCAGCUGGGCGAGAACACCAUUCAAUCCUUCAUCGCGGCGGCCAGUCUGGGUGCUUCGUACGUCGAGUUUGAUGUGCAGCUCACAAAAGACCACGUGCCUGUCAUUUAUCACGAUUUCCUCGUCAGUGAAACGGGUAUCGAUGCUCCCGUGCAUACCCUUACACUCGAGCAAUUCCUCCACGUCAACGACAUGCGAACACCCCGUCAUUCGAGACCAGCUUCACCUGUACCCUUUGAAAAGCCGAAAACAGCCAGUCUGAAGAGCGUCGAGCGAGACAUAAGAACAAGCAGACUAAGAUCCAUGUCUGUGAGCGGGGCUACCAGCAACGAGUCUCUUGAGAUGGAUGAGCGGAUGAAACACACGCGCGACUUCAAGAAGAAAGGAUUCAAGGGCAACACUCGAGGCAACCAUAUCCAAGCGCCCUUUGCCACUCUCGAGGAGAUGUUCAAGAAGAUUCCACAAGAAGUAGGCUUCAACAUUGAGAUGAAGUACCCCAUGCUAUACGAAAGCGAGGACGAGGAGAUGGACACGUAUGCCGUGGAAUUGAACUCAUUUGUGGACACGGUGCUUGCCAAAGUGUAUGAAUUGGGCAAGGGAAGGAACAUCAUUUUCUCGAGCUUCAACCCCGACAUCUGUCUUCUGCUGUCCUUCAAGCAGCCCAGCAUUCCAGUGCUGUUCCUGACCGACUCUGGCACGAGUCCUGCGGGCGACAUCCGCGCCACUUCACUGCAAGAAGCGAUUCGCUUCGCCAGCCGUUGGAAUCUACUUGGAGUGGUCAGUGCGGCGGAACCUUUCGUCGCGGCGCCUAGGCUGGUCAAGGUUGUCAAGGAAAGUGGACUUGUAUGCGUGAGUUAUGGGACACUGAACAACGACAGUGCGAUGGUGAGGAAGCAAGUGAAGCAGGGGAUCGAUGCGGUUAUUGUGGACAACGUGCUCGCCAUCAGGAGAGGUCUAACCGAGGAUGUCGCCAAGGUUAGCGGUUCAAGCACUCCUAGUUCUGGCGUCAAGGCUACAGGAGGGCCAUCAUCUUCAUUCUUCAACCCUGAGGACAAUCUCGACUCGAUCCAAACGAGAAGUUCAAAAUUCAGACAAAAUGAGAACGGUGCUGGUGACCUGAAGAAGCUGCUAGGCGGAGUGGAGAGUCUCCAGACUCAUGACGCUGUGGAGGCGGUAAAGGAUGAUUCAAAGCCAACGGUUGUUUCCGGGACCGACGGUGACGUGAACGGUGUCAAUGGACAGAAGACAACAUGA